AUGGUGAGAAAGAGUAGUAACACUAGCAUUCCUAGAGAUGAUAGCCCUUGCUUUUACAAGGUUAUUUUCGAUCCUCACGUUGAAGAACUGAGAAUUCCACCAGAAUUUGUGAAGCAUAUAACAAAUGAAGCAACAGAAACAACAAUUCUAAAAGGACCAUCUGGCAAAUAUUGGAACAUGAAAUUAAGAGAGGAUGAAGAAGGGCUGUUCUUGAGUGCAGGUGGAUGGAAGAAAUUUGCAAGAGAGCAACAAUUGGAGGAGGGUGAUUUCCUACUUUUUCAAUAUGAUGGGAACAUCACAUUCCAUGUACGCAUUUUCAAUAAGAAUGGAUUAGAGAGAUGA